AUGCUUCUUGUCUUCAUGCUUCUAUGGAUUGUUUUCUUCGCCAGCAUGAUGACGGUGACAGAUGUAGCGAAUGGUAUACCCAAUGACGCCAGCGAAUCCUGUUCUGUUAAGUGUCAACAGGAACAUGAAGAUACCAAGCACUGUGUGAUUAUGUGCAUCAUCCACCAAAAUCAAGGCGUAGGCUUUUUCCUCGCGGCUACCGUUUGUCUUGGUGUCUUCAAGGCGAUAGACUCCAAGCUUGGACGUGUCGCGAAGACUCCGCCUAGCGGUGUAAACGUGAACAAGAAAGGGACGGAAGAUUACAAUCUGCACGAUUUGAUCGAUGCUGUUUGUACGCGAAAGGCCACAAAUCCCAAGGACAAGGCGUUUGGGCUAUACCCAAUUCUCGAGGAGCUCCUUCAUCAGAAGCUUCCCGUGCCGGAUUACAGUCUCCCGACCGGCCAACUCUACCGCGCAUGGCCAGGCUUCCACCAUUGCCGAUUGAGGAUGUCAGCGACGGCCGUCCUCCAUAGCAAAUUCCAUUGCCAACCCUGA